UUUCAUUUGCUUUUGUUUGCAGAGCUGCCUUGCAGUUUUCCUGGCUCACCAGCUCACAGUACGGUUGUAUUUUCGAAUGUUAAUCUUACGCACGGUACAGUGGCCUCUUAUUCGUGCGAGCGUGGUUUUGAAUUAUUGGGACCGGCUCGACGUGUCUGCGAUAAGGGCACAUGGAUGCCGGAAGGCAUACCAUUUUGCGUACUUAAUGUUGCUGCCGGGAAGGCACCUAUGCAAAUAUCCACUGAAGCUUCAGGAGCUCCGCAGAAAGCUAUUGAUGGUUCCACGUCAGCUUUCUUUACACCUGAAACAUGCUCGUUAACGAAAGCAGAACGUUCACCGUGGUGGUAUGUGAAUCUAUUGGAGCCAUAUAUGGUGCAACUGGUGCGCUUGGACUUUGGCAAAUCCUGUUGCGGAAACAAGCCAGCUACAGUCGUAGUGCGAGUGGGCAACAAUCGUCCUGAUUUAGGCACCAAUCCUAUAUGUAAUCGUUUUACUGGCCUCUUAGAGGAAGGCCAACCCCUAUUCUUACCUUGUAAUCCUCCGAUGCCCGGUGCUUUCGUUUCGGUACAUUUGGAGACUAAUAUUCCGAAUCAAUUGUCUAUUUGCGAGGCUUUCGUUUACACGGACCAAGCUUUGCCUAUCGAACGUUGUCCCAGUUUUCGGGAUCAACCACCCGGUGCUUUAGCUUCAUACAAUGGAAAAUGCUAUAUUUUUUAUAAUCGUCAACCUUUAAAUUUCUUGGAUUCUUUAUCGUUUUGCCGCAGUCGCGGCGGUACACUUAUCAGCGAAAGCAAUCCGGCUUUGCAGGGUUUCAUUAGCUGGGAAUUGUGGCGUCGCCAUCGCAGUGAUGUUACCUCUCAAUAUUGGAUGGGCGCCGUCAGAGAUGCUGACGAUCGCAACAAUUGGAAGUGGGUUAACGGUGAGGAGGUGACCGUAUCAUUUUGGAAUCAUCCGGAAGGUGACGAAGAUUGCGCUCGUUUCGACGGCUCGAAAGGCUGGCUAUGGAGUGAUACCAAUUGCAAUACAAUGUUAAAUUUUAUAUGCCAACAUCAACCCAAAACCUGUGGGAGACCGGAACAACCUCCAAACUCGACCAUGAUUGCACUAAAUGGUUUUGAAGUCGGUGCUCAGAUUAAAUAUGCUUGCGACAGCAAUCACUUGCUGGUUGGUCCUUCAACCCGAACAUGUCUCGACACGGGUUUCUACAACGAAUUCCCGCCGGUAUGUAAAUAUAUCGAGUGCGGUUUACCUGCUUCCAUACCUCAUGGCAGCUAUGACCUUAUAAAUGGUACUGUGGGCUACCUUAGCUUGGUUAAAUAUUCUUGCCAUGAAGGCUACGAAAUAAUAGGACGUGCCUUAUUAACCUGCGAUUUUGAUGAACGUUGGAACGGACCACCACCUCGGUGUGAAAUUGUCGAGUGCGAUACCCUACCUGGUAAUUAUUACAACACAAUUAUUUCUGCUCCCAAUGGAACGUAUUACGGAUCAAGAGUGGAAAUCUCAUGCCCUAAUGGCUAUCGUCUGGAAGGUCCCCGUAUUCUAAGUUGUUUGGCUACGGGCCAAUGGAGUAGUGCUUUGCCGCGUUGUAUUAAACUAGAACCAACUACCGUAGCACCACCGCCAUCGCCGUCGACGACUGUUACUACGACAACCACAACAACUACGCAAAAACCAAAAACUAUUCCAACAACAACAACGAAAAGACCUUACAAAAUUAGUACUACUACAAGUACUACGACAACCAGCACAACUUCAACUCCUAACAGUGGCGGUCCCCAGCAUCCAGACCUCACCAAUGAAGCAGAUUCCGAUGAAGAAGUCACUUAUGUUGUACCUGGUACUGUACGCGAAGAAUUUCCGCCACGCCGCACUAUACGCCCACCAGUGUUGAUACCAAAGAAACCUAUUUCCACACCGACUACGCACUCACCCACAAUUAUAUAUUCUACUAGCACUAGUAAAUCAUCUUCAGUUUAUAUACCGACACGUUCUCGUACACCCUAUAUACCUAGUACUUUGGAAACAACAACAACCACACGUAAUACCCAAAAUAUCUUGCUUAAUGCUCAUCCCCAGGAUAAUGAAAUUGCCGAUAGCGUCAAUAUACGUCAUAAUCAAGUGCCUAAUGUUAAUAUCCCAUAUUCAGUAGAAAAUUCAGACCGCAAGGAAACCAAAGAAGCUAAAUUGAACUUAGGUGCCAUUGUAGCUUUAGGUGCCUUUGGUGGGUUUGUCUUCUUAGCAGCCGUUAUUACCACCAUAGUGAUAUUAGUACGCAGGUAAGUCCUUCACACACGGCG